ACCUGAAGCCGCAACUAGGGCAUAUCACCGCCUCCCUCCAUCGAUGGACCAGCGUAUCGGGUCCGGCCGUUCUCCGGCGACGAAGCGGCCACGGGGCUUCGAUCUCCAUGCUCCUCCUCCGCCGGCCAUAGCCAAAAAACUACGUUCUUCCUCCAUGAUGGAUCCUGCUUUGAUGCUGCUGCUGUUCGAGACGCCCUCAGGCUUCGCAAUUUUCAGUUUUCGCGCAGGGGUCAUUGAAAAACCAAAUGCCCUGGAGGAAAUAUGGACUCACUUCAUUCUGAUUGGGACGGCAAAGAGUGUUGUUCGGCUGAGAAACUUUCAAACUUUUGAGGACAAGUCCAGCGCCAUUAAUCAAAAGACCGGUGUUAAUGAAAGUCUUACUGAGAUGAUCAUGAAGUGCCACUUCCCUGGGCAGAGAAUGGCUGUUGGAAAGCCGGAAUAUAAAAAAAUCAUUGAAGAAAAUCUGAAAAUAACCUGCGUGUGAUGGAGUUAAUGUGGGGCAUACAGAUUUGGAUGCCAAGGUUGGUGCCUAGAGAAAAAUCAGGUCUGACUGAAGAUGACCGCCUCCCGAUGAGUCAAGGACUGAAAAAGCUGUUGAGUCGUUAUGAUUGUGAUUAUGUUAACCCUGAGAUGCUCGAUCAGCCAAUUAUUUUAACGUCUUGCGCAUUGUUUGAGUGUGAUUCUCUUGAGGAAGAGAAAUCUGAAGAAUUGGACUUUUUAGCUGCUGUAAUUAAGGUGGUCUCUGGCAUUGACACCGAGGGUUGGGGCUCACUGAAAAUUGCAACAGCUCUGAAGAAGAUAUGGUGCCCUGAAGAAGCUGACAAUUCUUGCGAGAUCAUUUCAGUAGACGAGGUAUCAAGGUUGGUGAAGGAUGCAGAUAAAUAUAAAGUUAAGCUAGUUAAGGAUGCUUGCUUGGAACUUUCUAGAGAAAUUGUGAAAGCUCAUGGUGUUCGGACUUCCAAAAAAAAGCUGUUGAUAAAAUAUAGUGAGCAGGCCAAGAAAGCAUAUGAAGCACAGAAGCUUAUGAACCAUGAGCCCACAGCUGCUGAAAGUGUUUCAGCUAACUAAUGUGUUCUUAUUCUGUCCAACAUUGUAUCGUUUGACUAUCUAGAAAAACUGGAAGUGCUAAUUAAAUUUUACGCA